AUGUUCUCCGACACGCAUCCGCAUCCAAAUUCUGCUACCGAACAUCUCGCGCAUGACGAUCCAAAUCAUCGCCGGAAUUCUACAGACUCUGAUGUGAUCCACUACCUCUAUUUUGAAGACAACGAUGGCUUCUUUCCACCAACUUGGAUCGGAAAAGACUCAGAGCAGAGACCGUCAAGCGAAAAUACGGGUGGCAACCUCGACGGCACUAGAGACGCUAGCACUAGUGCUUGCAAGAGAAGCACAUAG